UCAUGCCGUAACCCAUAGAUUUUCAUAUAAUUGUUGUGAGAAACUCUAUGCCGUAACGAGAGAGCUUUAAACAAACCUUCUUGGCCGCAACUUGCUUCCAGCGCAUCUCCAAGUCACCAGUGUCCGUCAUGCUGGCGAACACUGGCGAAGAUCGAGCGAACUUCAAAAAAGGCAGAUUGACGGCAAACAUCAAACUGCAAUCAUUCUUUUUCGCUGUUUUCUUGUGGCACUGUCAUCAACAGCAAGGAUUCGCGGUGCUUUGUUAAUUUGUUACACAAACAAACGCAUGGAGUCAUAGGGAGCAGUGCAUUUUGUGUUCGUGAAAGCGUGAGCUCACUUUCGGUACCGUCGGCAUUGCUAGCGUCGCCUUCGCAAGCCGAGCGUACUCAUCACCGCGCCUCACUAUGACGGACUGCGACGACCCGGCGGACGCCGAGGCAGACGUGCUGAAAAGGCACCUAUGUGGAUUACGGAAGCAGGGCAGCGUGUGGACGGGCUACACGGAGUCCUCGGAGGCAUUCGCGGACUUUCUGCGUGACCUCGCCGAAAUAAACAUCACCUUUCGGACCGAGCACUCUGCCAAGCAAAGCGGGAGACUGCUUCUGUCCAGUCGACGUGGAGACAUUGUUGUGAACGACAACAUUCCGUUCACGGUUUUGCGGAACUCAAAAAGAGGCUGCAUCUUCGGCUGGGACUUAAAGAAAUUGCAGGGCCUAGGAAGUAGCCAGGUGACAGAAGCAGAGCAGUUGGCAGAAACUUCACCGCAGAAGAAAAAGAAGCUAGGCUGUACUGCCGUGAUGCGUGUGAAGCAGGUGGAGAUGUACCCAGAAUACAGGAUAAACCUUCCAAAGGACCGACCACAGCAUGAACAUAACGCUGCUUCAAAACAGCAGAUCUCCCGCUUGAAACUUGCACUCCAAGAAGAGGGCAGCACUGAAACUGUGCUCCGUUGGAAACGAUUUUACAUCUCUAUGACGGACAUCAAAAGUCAUUGCAAUCAUGAUAUAUCUCGGUGUGUACGACCUACACAACCUGUCCAACCGCAACUAGCUACAAAAAUAGUUGAGCUUGUUCGUCAAGGCGUGACAGCAGUGAAAGCAAUGGAGAGUCAUCUAAAGUGUUAUGUUAAAGAUGUCGUAUUUUCAAACAAGCAAAGUCCCCCUCUUUCAUCAAGAGAUUAUUACCCAAGCGAGAGGGACAUACGAAAAUAUAUUCGGCAGGCACUUCGGGAAUGCAGGUUUAAUUCCACUGAUCAAGACAAUCUAGCAAAAUAUACGGAAGAGCUUCAUGUGAAGACACCAACAACAAACUGUUUUUUCCGUUCCUGUAAGAUGAGGCAUGAAGAGGACAACCAGCUGCUUCAAGUGCAGCAUGAUAAAACUGACUGGGACAUUCUAGAGUCUGUAGCACAGGAUUGCCAAAGUGCGCUACUGUUUUGCAUCCAAACUGACUUUAUGAGCGAACUAUUGCUAAAAUACAGCAGCAAUGUUGGGUACCUUGUUGCAACCUACAAGACAACUGAAUGUGCACUUCCACUAUUCUUCAUUAUGGUAAAGACCACCGGCUGCUACGCUGUGGUAGGUGCUUUCGUUGUCCAGUUCGAAACGGCCGAGUGCAUUGGAGAAGCGUUAAGUAUUUGGAGAGCUUGGAACCCGGAUUUUAACCCCAAGUUUUGGAUGGUGGACUUGAGCCAGGCCGAGAUCACAGCUCUUUCCAAUGCUUUCCCCUGUGGGCGCGCCAUCAUCUCAGAUUCUCACAGAGAAGAGGCCUGGCGUAGGUUUUUCUCGACUGAGCAAAAUGAUGUUGCUGAUGUUCCUGCUGUAAAAGCAAUGCUAAGUCGAAUAGUGGACAGCCAAAAUGAGCAGGAGUUUAAGAUAGCACUUACGGGUUUGGAAGAGUCGCCUCACUGGUUACAAAACCAGAAGCUGCAAAGGUACAUCACUCACUGGCUCUCAGUGAAAGAACUGUGGGUUAAAAUGUACCGACUUGACCUUCCUUAUGAGCCUAACAAUGGGGCAGACGUGAAGGCUUGCUUGGAAAGAAGCUGUGGCCACCCUAGCCUCUCGGAGCUUGUCAGAGCUUUGGUUGAGGUAUGUUUCCCUGAGAUGGAGGCCCAGUUCCUUAAGGCCAGUCUGAGCUCGUCUAGCUACCCGCUCAAGAAGAUGUUCGAGUCCCCAGCAGUCUUGAAGAAAGAGCCGAACUUUGUUUCUCUCUCUAUGACAGUGUCCACGCCCUCGGAACAAUUUAGAGGAUCACCAACAAAAAGUGAUGCAGAAUAUAUUACUCCAGACCUACAACAGCCUCCUCAGCACAGCCAGCACCAUCUAACAUCCGAGAUCAGAACCCAAAGUAAAAAGAUUGCUUCUAGACUGCACUACAUCCAUGAUGAUGCUGUACUGCAAGAGGUGCUUACAAUGUUGACUGUGGCCAAAACACUCAUUUGUGAAAACUUGGCCAACAACGAUGUGGACAUUUGAGGCUCAUUUACAAACAGGCACAUUGCAAUAAAGAGGCAGCACACUGUUUAGGUAA